AUGAACAACUUAUCUUUCAGAGUAGUUGUAAUUUUCUUGCUGGUUUGUUCAUUCACUGAAAGCCUUUGUGCUCCCCAUCAUCAUCACCAUGCGAGCAGCCGUGGAAAAGUAGUCGACACCAAUGAAGGACAAGUGCAGCCUGAGGAAGAGGUGGUGGGGAUGGAGUUAUACCUGGCGGGGUCGAACUUUCCGGACUGUUCACACGCAUGCGAGGCGUGCUUUCCGUGCAAGAGGGUGAUGGUGAGCUUCAAGUGCUCAAUGGCCGAGUCUUGCUCCAUUGUGUAUAGGUGCAUGUGUAAAGGCAAAUACUACCAUGUUCCUUCCUAUUAA